AUGAAAAUAAGAUAUGACAAGUUCUGCAGCACAAAAGACUUAAACUACUUUUUUAAUUUAAAGUUAGGUUUUUUUGUUUCUUAUAAAAAUCAUAAUGAUAAUUAUUCCUUUAAAAAUAAUAUCUUACAAAAAAAUGAGACUAUAUUAUUUUUCAAGAAAAAAAAAAAAUUCAUGUAUGUCAGAAAAAAAAAAAAAAGGAAAAAAAAAAAAAAAAAAAUCCGCAUCCAUUUCUUACAAGAAUAUAAUAAAUAUAAUUCAAAUGUAGAAUGUAAUGAACGAUUCAAUAAAAAAUUAGAAAAAAAUAAAAACCAAAAGAAAAAUGUAUAUAAUACUCAGCAUACAAAUCAAAAUGGAAGAUCCAAUGAAUAUGAAUAUGAUGAUAUUAAUGAUGAUUCUUAUAUUAGUUAUUAUAUAAACAAAAAUAAUUUUUUUAGAAUAUCGUCUUAUUUGAUAUUAAAUAAUGAAUUUUUUGGAUAUCCCCUUCAAUAUGUAUGUGAAUCUGAAGGGAGAAGUAAAAACCAUAAGCAUGAUAUGAAUGACAAAUGUGAUAGUCAUAUGAAUGACAAAUGUGAUAAUAAUAUGAAUGACAAAUGUGAUAAUAAUAUGAAUGACAAAUGUGAUAAUAAUAUGAGUGACAAAUGUGAUAAUCAUAUGAAUGACAAAUGUGUUAAUAAUAUGAGUGACAAAUGUAAUAAUCAAAUGAAUGACAAAUGUGAUAGUCAUAUGAAUGACAAAUGUAAUAAUCAUAUGAAUGAACAGAGUAGGAAAAAGAAAAAACUUAAUAACCUAUAUAAAACCAUAUUAACAAAAAAAAAAAAAAAAAAAAUGAACCCUAAUUUAUGCAUUAUAAAUAAAACAUACAAGUAUCCUAUAAAAUAUUGUCAAUUAAAUUCUGGAGCGUUUGUAUUUUUUAUAAUUAAAAAUGUAGGUGUCAAUAAAAUAACAUAUUAUUCUUAUUGUAAAUUAUUUUCAAAAGAUGGUAUUUUAAAUCAAGGAAUUCAAAUAUGCAAACUUUAUCAUGUGAGUAAAAAAAAAAAAAUUAAACAAAUUAUUUUUGAAGCCUUGAAAAAUAAAAUACCUUUUUCAUAUGAUAUCAAUCCAUAUAAUAUCAAUAAAAAAAUUUACAAAUAUUUAAAAAAAAAUUGUGCAUAUCACGAUCUUAUAGAAUUAUUUAAUUUUAAGCAGCACAAACAAAGAGAUAAAAAUGACAACAAAUUAAAUAUGAAAAAAAAAAAGUUGGAAAUGAUCAAAAUGAAAUGGCACUAUUAUAAGAAAUAUAAAAAUAAAAUGGAAACUUAUAUAAAUUAUUACAAUAAUAAUAAUAAUAAUUGUUAUAAUUGUUAUAAUUGUAGUAAGGUUAAUUAUUGUAAUGAUGCAAUUGAUACAUAUUAUAAUAAUAAAGAUUAUAAGUGUGGAAUAUCCAGUGAGAAUACAUAUAUCAAGAUAUUUGGAAACAAAAAAGAGGAGCAUCAAAUAGAAGAUACACAUCUGAAUUAUAAUAAUCUGGAAGAUCAAAACUUUUAUGAAGAAUUAUAUAAAUGUAAAUAUAUUGAAAAAUAUAUAUCCUCUAUAAAUUAUUUUUUAUUGAAGAAACGUAGAAAAUUUAAUAAAUAUAUACAACAAGUGUUAAAUGUUAACAAUAAAAAUAAUAAUAAAAAAAAUAAUUAUAAUAAUAAUAAUAAUAAAAAUAAUAAUAAUUAUUAUGAUGAUAAUAUUUUUAGUGGGGGUAACUCUAAUAAGGGGGAAGAAUGUUAUAUACCCCAUAUAAGGAAUAAUAAUACAAAUGUGGAAUUUAUUAAGAAAAGAAUAAAUAACAUAAAUAUUAAAGACAAUAUUAGAAAUAAUAAAAUUUACAAAUAUUUUGAUAAAAAUAAAUUCAAAUGUAGUAAAUAUUAUUCUUAUAAAAAUUAUAAUGUAUGUAAAAAUAUCAUAGAAAAAUAUAAACUUUAUAAUUUUUUAAAAAAAAAAAAAAUGGAAGGAUACAUGAUUUUGAAUUUCCUUCAUUUUAAUAAAGAAUUAAUAUAUUAUAAUGAACAUAAAAAUGAUAUGUCUACCUUACAUGAUAAUUUAUUUGAUAUAAUUAGCAAUGAUGAAAAUGGAAAUGUCAAUACAAAUGCCAAUACAAAUGUCAAUAAAAAUGCCAAUAUAAAUGUCAAUUUAAAUGCCAAUACAAAUGCCAAUACAAAUGUCAAUACAAAUGUCAAUACAAAUGCCAAUACAAAUGUCAAUCAUAACAAUAUUUGUAAUAAUAAUUAUGAUUGGUUUUUUAAUUCCUUCGAUUAUGUAGGUAAUCUAGAGGAAUCCAUUAAAUGUUUCAAUGAAUACAAAAAAAAAAAAAAAAAAAAUUUAUUUUAUAAGGAACAUAUUAUAAAAAAUAACAAAAAAGAAUCCAAAUUAAAUAAUCUUCCUUCUUUUUUAUUUAAUCAUUUAAAAGAUAAAAAAAUGAUUAACACAACACAGAGAAAUAAUAUAAAAGAUGAGGAUUAUCAUCAGAACUUUAAUAUGAUUAAUAAAAAUUUUGGAGCAAAUGCAGAUGAUAAUUUUAUAUCAAAUUUUUAUGAUAAUUGUAAAUUAAGCAAGUCAUUAAAUACACAUGAUGAAGAAAUAUAUAAAGGAGAACAUAAAAAGGUGUAUAUAUGGAAUAAAAAAAUAAUAAAAAUGGAGGAACGAAAAUAUAUGCAAAUGGAUUAUAAAUGGAAUAGUAAAAGGGAUAAAAAUAAAUAUAUAAUAAAAAUAUAUAAAAAAAAUAAAUAUAUAAAAAUAUGUAAAAAAAAUAAAUAUAUAAAAAUUUGUAAAAAAAAUAAAUAUGUAAAAAUAUGUAAAAAUACAUAUUUCAAAAUAUGUAAAAAUAAAUGUGACAAAAGAGAUUAUAGAAAAUAUUUAUAUUUAAAUAAGAAAAUCAAAAAUGGAUCUGUAAAAAAAUACAAAUCAUAUCAUGAGAGUGAUACUUUAAAAUAUAAUAAGAUUAUAAGAAGGAAUAUGUUUGCUAUGAAGGAAGAAUCUGAAAAAACGAAAAAAAAUUUGAAAAGUGAAAAAAAAUUGAACGAUAUCUUUGAACAUAUAAGUAGAUAUACAAAUCGUAUUAGUAAAAAUAUAAAUAUAACAAAUAAGAAUAGAUAUGAUGAUUAUCCUUUUGAUUUUUUAUCAAAAGAUAAAAUUGAAUAUAUCUCAAUGUUAUCUCCAACUAUAAAUGAAAUCAAAACAUUAAAUAGUAUUCUUACUAUUCCACUUAUAAAAAUGAAUGAAUAUGAAAAGAAUUGUAUAUGGAGAUUUAGAUUUCAUUUAUUAAAUAGAAAAGAAACAUUAGGAAAAUUUUUAAAAUGUAUUAAUUGGAAUAAUAAAGAAGAAAAAGAAGAAGCUAUUAUUUUAUUAAAUAAAUGGGAUAAACCAAAUUUAGACAAUUGUAUAGAAUUAUUUAAUUCUCAUUUACAUCAUUAUAUAAUUAAAAAAUAUAUUAUAGAUAUAAUAAAAAAUAGUAAAAAAGAAGAAGUGAAAUUAUAUUUAUUUCAAUUAGUUCAGAGUUUAAGAACAUUUAAUUAUCAACAUAUAGAUAAUUUAUUUAUUAAUACAUUAAUAAAAAAAUGUAUUAAAUCCAAAAAACUAUCUAUAUAUUUUCAUUGGUUUUUAUUAAGUGAAGCUAAAGAUAAAGUAAAAGGUAAAUUAUAUUUACAUAUACAUAAAUUAUUUAUUAAUAAAUUAAUGACAUCUAAUAUUAAAAAAAAUAAAAUUAUUCUUGAUAUAUUAAAAAUUCAAAACAGAUUUCGUAAUCAAUUAUUAUAUCUCACUAAAAUUGCUAAAAAUAAAACUGACAGGAUACAAAAUAAAACAAAAAAAUUAAGACAUUUUCUAUUUUAUUAUAGAACAAAUUAUGGAUAUAUAAAUAUUAAAGAAUUUAUAAAAAAUAAUAUUUUUAUAUCUGAUAAUAAUGUCUAUGAUUUUUUGCAUAUGUGUAAAAGGAAAAAAACAAAAUCGGUGAGUAAUCCUAUUGGGGUUUAUCAAAUUGGAAAAGAAAUGAUUAAAUGUAAAAAUAGUGGUAUAUCUAAAUUGAUAGAUCAAAAAAAUAUAUAUGGUGAUACAAAAAAUAUAUAUGGUGAUAAUAAUAAUAUAUAUGGUGAUAAUAAUAAUAUAUAUGGUGAUAAUAAUAAUAUAUAUGAUAAUGAUGACAAUCAUACUAGUGAUCAUAAUAAUAAUCAUAUGAGUUAUAAUGAUCAUCUGGAUAAUUUAUCAUAUGAACACCUUAAUGAAGACAGAUAUGAUAAUAAAAAGAAUAAAAAUAUAUAUAAUAAAGAUAUAUCUAAUUCUAUUUAUUAUUUAGACAAUGAUCUUACAAUAAAUUAUGAUAUAGAAAAUGAUUUAUAUUUUUUUCAAUAUAAAAAAAGUUCGAAUGCUAAAUUAGCAAGUUUAGAUGUAUGUAAUGAUUCUAAUGAUACCAUUAAUUAUAUUGAUGAUUCUAAAAAUGUAAAGAUAGAACGUAAUAGAGAUAAUUCUUUUUUUUCAAAUUUUUUACAAUUUAAUGAUAAUUUAGAUUUUUUUUUAAAUUCUACAUAUAGUGAUGAAGAUAAUAAUUAUGAAAUUUUAGAUGAUUCUAUAAAUAUUGUUUCUAAACAAAAAAUAAAAAAAAUUAAAACACCUUUAAUAUUACCUAUAGAUCCUAAUAUUGAAUUAUUAUCUUUCUUACCUGAACAAUCAUAUGUAUUACGUUCUUCAUUAUAUCCAAUAGUUAUAGCUUUCUUGGUUCGAAAAAAAAUUAAAUUAUAUAAUGAAAAUUAUAACAAUCUAAUAAUUAAUAAUCAAACAUUCCUUAAAAAUUAUCAAAAGAAAAAUAAUAUAAUAAACAAUUUAUCCUAUAUUCAGUCACACAAUGAGACACAUCAUAAUUAUUACAACUCUCAAUUUAUUUUAACCCUACAAAAUGCUUUUGAAAAUACAAAAGAUUUUAAUUAUCAUUAUAAAUUUUUGAAAUGUCUAAAUAAUAAUAUCUUUUAUAAAAACAAAAAAAUUGAAAAAAUUGGAAAUAUUCAAAAUAUUCAAAAUAUUGAAAAAAUUGGAAAUAUUCAAAAUAUUCAAAAUAUUGAAAAUAUUCAAAAUAUUGAAAAUAUUCAAAAUAUUGAAAAUAUUCAAAAUAAUCAAAAUAUUCAAAAUAUUCAAAAUAAUCAAAAUAUUCAAAAUAUUCAAAAUAAUCAAAAUAAUCAAAAUAUUCAAAAUAUUCAAAAUAUAAAAACAAAUAGAACAACUCAGAAAUUUUCUUUUUCAAAUAAUUCCAAUCUAGAUGACCAUGUCAAUGGUAAUACUAAUAACCACUCUAUUAAUAAUAAAGAGGAUGAUUACACAUAUAAUGAAGGCAUACCAUCAUAUCAUAACAAUUCAUGUUUAAAUGAUAAUAAUAUGUCUCCAAAAAAGAAUAAUAAAGAAAAAAAAAAAUAUAAUGAAAUAUAUGAAUUGUCUAUAAAAAAAUAUAUCUAUAAAGCAGGUGAUGAUUUAAGACAAGAUCAUUUAGUUAUACAAAUAAUAUAUGUUAUUGAUAAUAUAUGGAAACGAUAUGGUUUGGAUUUGAAAAUGACAUUAUAUAGAGUAUUAGCUUUAUCAACAGAUGAUGGUUUUAUAGAAUUUGUUGAUUAUGCUGAAUCAAUAUCAUCAAUUAAAAAAAAUUAUAAAGGAGAAAUCAGACAAUAUUUUAUAGAUAAUAGUACAUGUUCUACUUCACCUUUAGGGUUUGAUAUAGAAAUAUUACAAAAUUUUAUAUCUAGUUGUGCAGGUUAUAGUGUUAUUACAUAUAUAUUAGGUAUAGGUGAUAGACAUUUAGAUAAUUUAAUGGUAACAAAAGAUGGACGAUUUUUUCAUAUAGACUUUGGAUAUAUAUUUGGAGAAGAUCCUAAACCUUUCUCACCACCCAUGAAAUUAUGUAAAGAAAUGAUUGAAGCUAUGGGAGGAGCUCAUAGUAUAGGAUAUGAACAAUUUUUAAAAAAAUGUUGUCUAGCUUAUAAAUAUUUAAGAUAUCAUUCACAAUUAAUUAUAAGUUUAUUAGAUGCUAUGUGUGAUGCAGGAUUAAAAGAUAUGAAAAUCAGUCCAGAGUUAUGUGUCCUAAAAGUUCAAGAAAAAUUUAGACUUGAUCUAAACGAUGAAGCAGCAGAAAUUUAUUUUCUUAGUGUUAUCAAUGCAUCAGUUAAAACUUUAUUUCCUGUUGUUGUAGAUAAAUUACAUGAAUGGGCACUGAACUGGAAAUGA